GUCGUAGAUGGCAGUGUGCACAUUUUGGUAAUAAAGAUGGCAGCUCCCAUUGAUGAUUUUGAACCGCGUGUUGUUCUGCCAGGGGAUUCGUUGACAGGAUAUAUUUCCGGAGGCGGAGAGCUUCAUAAUCAAAUUAUUCUUGGACCAGGGCUAAGGCAAGAUGAAGCCAACAUAUGCUCAACAAAAGCAGGAAUUCUAAGACGGAAGAAACCACAUACUUUCUGGAUAGAUUGCCACCAAAAGAGGUAUGUACCAGCUAAAGGAGACAAGGUUCUAGGAAUAGUGACCCAGAGGGCAGGCGAUAUCUUCAGAGUGGACAUUGGGGGCCAAUCCAAUGCUACUCUAUCAUAUCUUGCAUUUGAAGGAGCAACAAAGAGAAAUAGACCAAACGUUCAGGUCGGAGAUGUUCUGUAUGCCAAACUCCUGGUUGCAAAUCGGGACAUGGAACCAGAACUGGUAUGCAUCGACAGUACCGGUAGAUCACAGGGAUUAGGUGUGGUAGGAGCCGACGGCUUCAUGUUCCAAUGCAGCCUGGGACUUGUCAGAAGGCUCUUGUCUAAAGACUGUCCAAUUAUGAAAUUACUCAAUGAGAACAUUCCAUAUGAGAUUGCCUUGGGUAUGAACGGUAGGAUAUGGGUCCGAGCCAAAUCAAUAAGGACAACGAUAGCUGUGGUCAAUGCCCUCGCAAACUGUGAGUUUAUAACAGACGAGGAAAUACAGAUAAUGAUGCGUAGACUUGUGAAUGGACUUGCUGGAUUUUAAAUCGAAGAAUAUACGAUGGCCAUGGAGAAUGCCAGAGUCGCAAACUUUGAGUUUUUGACAGAUGAGGAAAUACAGGUAAUGAUGCAUAGAUUUGUGAAUGGACUUGCUGGAUUUUAAAUCGAAGAAUACGAUGGCCAUGGAGAAUGCCCGAGUCGCAAACUUUGAGUUUUUGACAGACGAGGAAAUAAAGACAAUGUUGCGUAGACUUGUGAAUGGGCUUGCUGGAUUUUAAGUUCAUUUCAGUUUUGUAAGGAUGGUUAAAUUCCAGUUAGAUGUAACAAUUGUUUUGAGGAUAGCUCAGCGAGUUCCUAAAUAAGAGUGUGAACUGUACUUGUUAUGUUUCAAAAGGGAAAAUCUACAUGUAUGAAAUAUCACUGAGUAUUGAUAUGGAAUAUCACUUGUGACUACAUUAAGGACCUACACGUACCCAAUACCAAGUAGAAUUCCUUGCAUAGAGUUGCUUGUUUGCAAGAAAUCCCAUGAUGAGCAGGACUGAAUACUUCUUUUUAGCUGUGAUUUGAAAAAUUAUGCUGAGAACUGUAUGAACAGACUUUAAAUAUGAAAGGACUGUUUUUCUAUUUUAUGUAUACUUGACCAUCUCUGAAGAAAAAUUCAAGAAACAUCUUUUGAAAUAGAUUAGCCUUUUGUGUGUUUGAUCUGCAGAAAACAACAGAUCCUUGUGUCAAUUUGUGCAUGUUGAUAUCAGACUCUUGCCUACUUGUACUGGGAUUGGUUGGCCUAUGUGCAAAGCAUAUACAGGGUAAUACAUAGGCCCAUUUGGGAAUCACAGUUCAGUACUCUAUGGGUUAAGAAUCAUUAAAGCUACAGUCACAAAAGUUUGUAUGAACAAUUAUAUCAUACAAAUCUGACCAUUCAUACAAAUUAUAGGUGUUUAUAGAGAUUUGUAGAUAGGGCAUAGAUUCUUUUAUAGAACAGCUGAAGAUCUUCUUUCGAAACAAAAUGAUUAUCGGUUAGACAAUGACAAUAGGAUUUGUACGAUUUUCGUAAGAAAAACUUGCAGUUUUUUGUCAGACUUUAUUUUAUAUGGCCAUCUUACAAUUUUUGUUGACAUAAGAUGGUUGCAUGUGUAACUUGCAGCACUCAUAAGAAUAAAUCAUUUGUGAGAUUUUGCUUUUCAUUUUUUUUACUUGUCAAGUGAUCAAAUCAACCCAUCUUUUUUGUGAUUAUGUGUACUUCCAAGUUGCUAAGAUUUUGUUUAAUAUGUAUUGAAUACAUAACUGUGUAAAUAAAACAGACCAUUGUUUUAACUGAAUUGCCAAUUUUAAUUUCUUCAUGUUCUUGCUUGUACCACUAAACAC